AUGAUGACAAAUAACAUUGAUCGGCUGAGCCUGGCAGCCUUUGCUCUGCUCGCCAGCCAGGCCAGCAUUGCGGGCGCCUCCAGCAUGCGCCGCGUCACUCGCUCCUCCUCCAUCGACUCCCCCUCCGCCGCCGGCCUGGUUGCCCGCGGCGCCCGACACGAACCCUGCUGGUCAGUUAUCUCCUUGAACCCCAAGGAACACGGCUGCAAGGCGGCCGAGCUCGCCGUCAACGGCACAUGUCAGCCCCUUACCUUUGGCGACGCUCUCGAGUCGUGCCCCGACGGCUGUGAGCCGGGCCAAUGGUGUGACGAAGGCAAAUGCGAGCCCAUUCAGAUCAUCCUCGAUCCGCUGCAUUGCGGCGAUAUCACGCCCGUCGAACUCGCUCCCGGCGAAGUCUGCGUCAACGGCAUUGCCAUCCCUCUCGACCUCACCGAAGACCCGCAUGUCUGCGGACCUGGCAAGGACAAAACCAAAGCCUGCGAUCCUGGUAACUACUGCGACAAUGGCGUUUGCUCCCCCAUCACCCUCGGCUCAUCCACCAUUAUUGUCGGCACCGAUCCGUACCACUGCGGCGUUGACGCUGCCACCUGCGAGCCAGGCCAGCUAUGUGUCGACGGCGGGUGCCACGAUGUUGCCGUCGGCCAGCCGCUCGACAAGUGCAAGAAAGAAGAUCUGCACCCCGGCACAUUCUGCUGGGAGUCCGAUAUUGUUCCCAUGCACAUCAGCACCUACCCUGGCAGUUGUCCCGAGGGCCAGGUCUCUGUCUCGGGUGUCUGCUUUGACGACCUACCCAAGACUUGCCAGCCACAAGGCGGCUCUGGGUCUGGGUCUGGGUCUGGGUCAUCUUCGGGAUCCAGCUCAGGCUCUGGCAGUUCUAGCUCAGGCACGGUCAAGGGAUCCGCGCAGUACGGCGGUUGGUUCCCCGAUGCUGGCUAUGGCAGCGUGCAACACAAUGGACAGUGUUAUAACUUUGGCCGCCCCUCGAGCUGCGGCGACAAGUCGUGCGGUCCCAACUCUUUCUGCUGCGGCAACACAUGCCUGCCGCUGGGCGGCGGCAGCGAAUUCGAGGGAUGCGGCAGUGGCUGCUCAAACGGCGAAUUCUGCUACCGCGACAGCUGUCGUCCCGUCUACAUUGGCCAGCCCGGCGGUGGACCUGACGGCGACUACGUCUUUGACUGUCCUUGCGGCGACACUGUUUGUGGACCCAACGAGGUCUGCAUUGGCGGCGCCGUCUGUGUUGACCUGACGCCCGGCAAUCCUGGCAGCUGUGGCUCUUACGGAGCUUGUCCUCCUUCUUUCGUCUGCCUCAAAGAUACCUGCGUCCCCGGAGGAGGGGGAGGAGGAGGAGGCGACGGCGAACCUGGUGUCUGCAACCCCACCUGCGCCAAGGACGAAAGAUGCGUUGACGGCGCCUGCGUCCCGCUCACCCAGCCUGGUGGAUGCGAUCCCGCUUGCGAAGGCGACGAUAGCUGCCUCAACGGCGUCUGCAUUCCCCCUGUGGGACCCGGCUGCAGCCCUGCUUGCGGUCCGCUCUCGACGUGCGCCAAUGGCGUGUGCGUGCCCAUUGUUGGCCCCAACGUCUGCUUCCCGCCUUGCGACAGCGACGACACGUGCAUUAAUGGUGUCUGUGUCCCUGAUGCCGGCCCUGCUUGCAACCCUGCCUGCUCCGGUACCGACACAUGCAUUAAUGGUGUCUGUGUUCCUGUCGUGGGACCUGUCACCUGUGAUCCGGCCUGCGAGCCCGGCUCCCAGUGUGUUGACGGCCAAUGCGUUCCCGUCGUGGGUCCUGUAACGUGCGAGCCUUCGUGCCCUCCUGGCUCGACCUGCGUCAACGGUGUUUGCGUGCCCCUCGUCGGACCCGAGACGUGCGACCCUGCUUGCACUGGCGGCGCUACAUGUCUCAACGGCGUCUGCGUCCCUCCUGUUGGCCCUGUCUGCAAUCCCACCUGUGCACCUGGGUCCGUCUGCGUUAACGGUCAGUGUGUUCCCGUUGUCGGACCUGUUACUUGCACUCCCGCCUGCGACUCUGAUGAGGUUUGCCUGAAUGGCGUCUGCGUUCCAUCAACCAACCCUCCCGGCACCUGCGAUCCAGCAUGCACAGGAGACGACUCUUGUGUCAAUGGCGUCUGCGUCCCUCCUGUUGAUACCUGCACACCAGCCUGCACUGGCCUCGAUACCUGCAUCAACGGCGCGUGUGUGCCGCCGGUCGGCCCCGUCACAUGCGAUCCGGCGUGCACCGGAACUGACACGUGCGUCAACGGCGUCUGCGUCCCCACUACCGGCCCCGUGUGCGACCCACCCUGCGGCUCCGGUGAGCUGUGCGCUAACGGCGUUUGUGUGCCGGUGACUCCACCCUCCGGAUGCAAUCCCGCUUGCGGACCCCGGUUUCGUCUGCGGACCCGACGAUACGUGUCUGCCCAUCAUCGAUCCGCCCCACCUGCAAUAUCGACCCGGCGGCGGCUGUCGGUCGUCGCCAGACGGGAUCCUGCCCGCCCGGUACGACCUGUGCCAUGGGUCCCAAUGGCCCCGUCUUGUACUGGGACCGACACAUGUGUCCUCGGCGUCUGUGUUCCCGCGAACCCCACGUGCACACCGGCCUGCACUGGAACCGAUACCUGCGUCAACGGCGUCUGUGUGCCGCCGACGGGACCCGGUGUCUGUGAGCCAGCUUGCGAAUCUGGAGCGACCUGUGUUCUUGGUGUCUGUGUGCCCGUCACGAACGAGUGCGAGCCUGCUUGCGUUGCGCCCGAGACGUGUCUCAACGGCGCAUGCGUGCCUAUCGUGCUCCCUACCUGUCCCAACGGGUGUCCUGCUGGUUCGACCUGCAUCAUCGGCGUUUGUGUGCCUGACCAACCGCCCACGUGCAACCCUGAGUGCGCAGAGGGCUCUACUUGCGUCCUUGGCAUCAACGGCGUCUCCGUCUGCGUGCCGGACGUGACGCCUCCCACCUGCGAACCCGAGUGUGGCGAUGGCUUCACCUGUGCCCUUGGUGUUGGAGGUGUCUCGAUUUGCGUCCCCGAUGUCGGCCCUCCCGUCUGCACUCCCGAGUGUGCUGAGGGAUCGACGUGCACCCUUGGUCUGGGAGGCGUUGGCGUCUGUGUACCCGAUGUCACGCCUCCUGCUUGCACACCUGAGUGCGGCGAAGGAUUUACCUGCGUCAUCAGCCUCGGCGGCCUCAGUGUCUGCAUUCCCGUCGUCGUGCCACCCGUCUGCAACCCUCAGUGUGGAGAUGGCUUCACGUGCGUUAUCAACGCGCUCGGCAUCACCGUGUGCGUUCCCGAUGUCACGCCUCCUGUGUGCACUCCCGAAUGCGGCACUGGCUUUACUUGUUCGGCUGGCGCUGGUGGCGUGGGUAUCUGUAUUCCCGACGUCACACCCCCUGUGUGCACGCCCGAGUGCGGUACCGGCUUCACCUGUGUCAUCGGAGCCGGCGGACUCAGCGUCUGCGUGCCUGAGAUUUCGCAGCCCGAGUGCAACCCCGCGUGCGGCCCCGGCUUCAACUGCAUCUUCGGUGUCAACGGUGUCAGCAUCUGCGUCCCUGAUGUGACGCCUCCCACGUGCACCCCUGAGUGCGGCGAAGGCUUCACCUGCGCCCUCGGUGUGGGCGGCGAUGGCGUCUGCAUUCCCGAUACCAACCCAGGCUGUGAGCCGGCCUGCAGCAAUGGCCAGACUUGUGUCGCCAAUACCUGUGUCCCGGCCACCUGCAACCUGCCCACCGUCAGUGGUCUCGCCCUCGACAAGCGUCAGCAGGGCGACUGUCCUGAGGGCUUUACCUGUGCUGUCGGCGCCGGCGGCACUGGCAUCUGUGUGCCGACCGUCAAUCCCGAUGUGUGCAACCCGACCUGUGCUGCAGGCUCGACCUGCAUCAACAAUGUCUGCGUUCCUGACACAUGCACCAUUCCCAACGAAAGCAUCGGUAUCUUGAAGCGUCAGACACAAGGAACCUGCCCUGACGGCUUCAACUGCGUCAUCGGCGUUGGCGGCGUAGGCGCCUGUGUGCCUGAUCUCGGCCCUGAAGUGUGCAACCCGGUCUGCGGCCCUGGCUUCACCUGUGUCGACGGACAGUGCGUGCCUCAGACGUGCACCAUCAGCAUCGGCGUCAACCUUCUCAAAAGACAGACACAAGGUGAUUGUCCCGAUGGAUUCGUUUGCGCCCUUGGCGUAGGCGGCAUAUGCAUCUGCAUCCCCGAUCUGACGCCACCGACUGGUUGCACACCCGCUUGUACCACAGGCCAGACUUGUGUCAACAACGCCUGUGUGCCGCAGACGUGCAUCAUCGAAGUGGGCUUGCGGCUCGGUAAACGCCAAUCCCAGGGUAACUGUCCCGAUGGCUUCCUCUGCGUCGCUGCUGUUGGUGGCGCGACCAUUUGCGUACCAGAUCUCACGGGCCCUGAGACUUGCACCCCGGCUUGCACGGGUGAUACUACCUGCGUCAGCGGUGUCUGCGUACCGAACACGUGCACAGUCACACUCGACAUCAGCAAGAGACAGACCCAGGGUGACUGUCCCGACGGCUUCAACUGUGUUGGUAGCGUCUGUGUUCCUGUCGUUACACCUCCCGUCUGUUCACCCACGUGCAAUGCUGGUUCGACAUGUGUCGGCGGUAUCUGCGUGCCAAACACCUGCACACUGCCUCUGUUCCGACGCUUCGAUAAGCGCCAGAGCCAGGGUGACUGUCCUGAAGGCUUCGUCUGUACUGUUCCCGCUGGAGGUGGUCCCAGUGUCUGUUUGCCUGCUACAACCCCGGAGACCUGCAACCCAACCUGCGCGGCCGGCUCCCUGUGUGUGGGCACGACGUGCGUGCCUCUCGGGUGCACGAUUCCCGCCCCUACCCUCAAGAUGGCGAAUCGUCUGUCCCAGGGUACCUGUCCCGACGGCUCGGUCUUGCGACUCUAUCGUCGGCGGUGUCGGAACCUGUCAACCCGUGACGCAGCCGACCAACUGCGGUGA